AUGGUCCUGGUAUUGCCAACGAUUAUCUGCAAAGAUGCAAUAAAGCUCUUCUCUGCGCAGGCUGCAAGGAAAGCUUGCAAAAAGAAGGCGCUUGAGCUAUCGAACAGGCCGGCUGUGGAUGAGCAGUCGCUUAAACUUCCGAAAGGUUGUUUGCAAAAAGACAUGGUCAAGCUACGUAAUAUAUUUGAGCUAAUGGGGGGUCCGCAGGCGGGGCUACGUGUGGUCAAAGCGGAAGAGCUGCGCAAAUGUCUAUAUAUUGACCGCACGAUUCCUAUAAAUAUAGAUACGAUGCCAGCGCCCGUCACAGUUACCGAUUUAAAGAUAGCGGGCGAAAAGUUGCUCUCCGGCGAGAUAGUAGCAUGGAGAGAACGUAUUCGCAAGUCGGUACAGUCACCAUACCUGGUACUUCCACCUUUCUUAUCGGAUAACACGAAGCAUCCAAAGCUACUGGAGUUCUUUCUGAAAAAGGCACAGCUCAAGGAAAUAGCCAGAGUGCGCACACCAGCGUUGCAUAUUAAGGCGCAGAUGAUGAGGCAAUAUGACAGAUACGUAUUCUGCAGCAUGAUCGGCUAUUUCUAUCUCACUAACGACAGAGAGACGAUGCAGCGUUUCCUUGAUGAAAGUAUUACCAAGCGGCUCUUCAGGUAUAUACUGGCUGAGCCUCAGCUUUCUAGAUACUAA